GCAACGCCCUUAAAUCUUCCUAUAAAAGAAGCCUAUCUUACCAUCGAAAUCAUUCAGUUCACAAAUCACAAACUCUUUCGUCCAACUACAUCAUUACUCCUAAAUCCUGAAAACGUCUGUGGUAGCAGUUGUAUUGGCUGUGAUAUGUUGUUUGAUUGUGUUGCUCAAAUCACAGAUCCGAUGCAGCGGGCUACUCGGGUGGUGUUUAUCCAAGAUAUCCUAAUGGAAAUCCUGUAUCUGUUCAGAAUAAUCUCUCACGGUAGAGCUAAGAUAAUCAGUUGCUCACCGGAGACAUUAUUCUGCAUAGGUGCAUUCAUCUUCUCAAAUUCCUGA